AUGGAGUUUGUAUUUGAUCCUGGAACUAAUAAUGAAUUUCUUGAACUCAUUAAGCUGCAGAGGGUGGGUGAGAUAUGGUAUGAUCAGGUUCCAGUUUUCAGCCCAGCAUGGUCACCUCCAUACUACAUUGCUCCUUGUCAAGUGCCAAACCUGGAGUCAGUCUCUUCAAGAGCUGAAGAAAAGGGCACCCCUGCGUGCUCCCCACCGGGAUUUAAAAAAAAGUCUCCUAGCGAAGAAGCACGAAGACCCAAGAUGGUGGCGGCGGCAGCUACGGGAGCCCCGGCUGUAGCGGCGUCAGCGGCCGGCUCGGGUGGCGGGGCCGGCGGGGCGGCGGCGUGCUCGGGUGGCUCGGGCCCGGGCGUGUUGAUUGGGGACCGGCUGUAUUCAGGCGUGCUCAUCACGCUGGAGAACUGCCUGCUGCCCAAUGACAAGCUGCGUUUUAUGCCGUCCGUGUCGAGCAGUCUGGACCCCGACACUGAGAUGGGUCUGCUCGUCGUGGGUUGAGAGCUCAUCCAGGCGGCCGGCAUCCUACUGCGCCUGCCACAGGUGGCCAUGGCUACAGGGCAGGUGUUGUUUCAACGGUUCUUUUAUACCAAAUCGUUUGUGAAGCAUUCCAUGGAACACAUAUCAAUGGCCUGCGUUCAUCUGGCCUCCAAAAUAGAAAGAGCUCCAAGACGGACAAGGGACGUAAUUAAUGUGUUUCAUCGACUUUGGCAUUUGAGGGAGAAAAAGAAACCUGUACCUCUGCUCUUGGAUCAGGAUUAUGUUGAUUUGAAGAACCAAAUUAUAAAGGCUGAGAGAAGAAUUCUGAAGGAGUUGGGGUUCUGUGUCCACGUAAAGCACCCUCAUAAGAUAAUCGUUAUGUACCUUCAGGUGUUAGAAUGUGAGCGUAAUCAACACCUGGUCCAGACCUCAUGGAACUAUAUGAAUGAUAGUCUCCGAACAGAUGUCUUUGUCAGGUUCCAGCCAGAGAGCAUUGCCUGUGCGUGUAUCUAUCUUGCUGCUAGGACAUUAGAGAUUCCUCUUCCUAAUCGUCCCCAUUGGUUUCUAUUGUUUGGAGCAUCUGAGGAAGAGAUACAAGAAAUAUGCUUUAAAAUUUUAUUGCUCUAUACUGGGAAAAAGGUCGAUCUGACAUAUUUGGAAAGUGAAGUUGAAAAGAAAAAGCAUGCCCUAGAAGAGGCAAAAGCCCAAGCUAAAGGUCUGCUUGCAGAUGGGACCCCUAUUUCAGACAACACAUCGGGCUUUCCCCCUGUUCCUAAAAUAGAAUCCCCCAAAGAAAGCAAAGGAAAUAAACCUUCUCCACUUUCUGUGCAAGCGAUGAAGAAUGCCAAAAGAAAAAAGGAGGGUGCUAAGAGGGCCAAAUCCAACAGUCCAGUGAAUGGCUUGCCAAAAGGCAGAGAAAGUAGAAGCUGCAGCGGAAGUCGGGACCAGAGCUACUCAAGAUCACAGUCCAGAUCAGCAUCUCCUAAGAGGAGGAAAAGUGAAAGCUGUUCAACUUCCAGUGGUUCAAAGUCCCAGAGCUGCUCCCGGAAUCGCAGUGAUUCUCCCCCAAGACAGGCCAACCAUGGAGGUUCUUACAAGGGCUCCAAGAUCAGGACCUACAAAAAAUCAAAGGACUAUAAUUAUGCAGUCCAGAAACCUCAGAAGUCUCAGAGCCGGAGCUCCUCACGUUCUAGAAGUCAGUCCAGGGAACAUUCAGAUAAUUCUGGGAAAUACAAGAAGAGUCAUUACAACAGGGAUGAGAGGCAGGAACGUUCUCAGUCUUAUGAGCGAACUGGCCAUCCCUAUGAGGGAGAACAUCCUGGACACAGCAGGCACAGGAGAUGAGGCCUGGAGGGUCAUCAGCAGCUGUGCUUCCUUCUCCCUUUGGAUGCAGACAGGACCUCUGCUCCCUUCUUUCUUGUAGUCUGGCUGGGUUGAUGUCUGAUGUCCAUCAUCUCUGCUUUAUUUGUUCCUCAACUUGUUAAGCAUGAAUUCAAAGGGAAAUGGUCAUUUAAUGGAUAUGGUCAUAAGACUGAAGAUAGAAUCAGGUAGACAGCUUGGUUCCCCCAACAACUGUCUAGUUGGGCAUCCAGGCCUUCCUUGGAAGGUAGCUGCGGGUCUAUCCCUAUAGCAAGUGUUAGUACUGAUACAGAUGGAUGGACAGCCACAACCCUUGAGGGAAUUGAGAGUGGGCCUCUUCCUUAUUCCACUCCCAACCUGAACAGCCCUUCUGAAUGGAGCUGGAAGAAAG